CUGCUGCCUUCGAACAACAAGCAGCAGCGGCAGCGGCAGCGGCGGCACCAAAGGGGGCUCGGUCUACCCACACCAGCGGAACAUCCUUAUUCUGGAGCGGACAUUUCACGCCCGCACGGGCUGCGUCUCUUCCACGGGUGGAUAUUGACGGGCAGAGACGAAAGGAUGCAGUGUAGACUCCCAUUGUGACUGGUCUGCUGGCUCUCGCUACGUGUUGUGUCCCUGGAGCGGUCAAGUUAAGGGGGCUGUCCUGAGUUCCCCCUGUCAGUCAAACAAGUCGCUCCAACCAAACCAGCCACCUACCAUUGGAGUACACACCACUUACCUACUCGUGUUGCUCGGCCCAGCACAGCUCAUCUCCUGAAGGUGGAGAUUCCUGAUCAAGAUUCAACUUUUACUGUACCAAUCCUCCCAGCCCCGCACUCACAGCCCAGUCACCAUGGUGCUGUCACAACGGCAACGAGAUGAACUAAAUCGAGCAAUAGCCGAUUAUCUACGUUCAAAUGGCUAUGAAGAGGCAUAUUCCACAUUUAAAAAGGAAGCAGAGCUGGAUAUGAAUGAAGAAUUGGAUAAGAAGUACGCCGGCCUUUUGGAAAAAAAAUGGACCUCAGUCAUCAGAUUACAAAAGAAGGUUAUGGAACUUGAAUCUAAACUCAAUGAGGCAAAGGAAGAGAUCACCUUAGGUGGACCUGUCACUCAGAAGCGUGACCCCAAAGAAUGGAUUCCCCGUCCACCAGAGAGAUACACACUGAUUGGCCACCGCAGCCCAGUCACGCGAGUCAUCUUCCACCCAGUCUUCAGUGUCAUGGUUUCAGCAUCAGAGGAUGCCACAAUAAAGGUUUGGGACUAUGAGAUGGGAGACUUUGAACGCACGCUGAAGGGCCACACAGACUCGGUGCAGGACAUCUCUUUUGACCAGACCGGAAAGCUUCUUGCCUCCUGCUCAGCGGACAUGACGAUCAAGCUUUGGGAUUUCCAAGGAUUUGAGUGCAUCAAGACCAUGCAUGGGCACGACCACAACGUGUCAUCCGUCGCUAUUAUGCCUAAUGGUGACCACAUCGUUUCAGCCUCACGGGACAAAACCAUAAAAAUGUGGGAAGUGGCUACAGGCUACUGUGUGAAGACCUUCACAGGCCACAGGGAGUGGGUCCGAAUGGUGAGGCCCAACCAGGACGGUACUUUGAUUGCCAGCUGUUCGAAUGACCAGACGGUCCGUGUGUGGGUAGUGGCCACCAAAGAGUGCAAGGCUGAGCUGAGGGAGCAUGAGCAUGUAGUGGAGUGCAUCUCCUGGGCACCAGAGAGCGCACACCCAACCAUUCUUGAGGCCACUGGCUCUGAGAACAAGAAGAGUGGUAAACCCGGGCCGUUCCUGCUGUCUGGGUCCAGAGACAAGACCAUAAAGAUGUGGGAUGUCAGCACCAGCAUGUGCCUGCUGACGCUGGUGGGACAUGACAACUGGGUGCGCGGCAUCCUUUUCCACCCCGGAGGCAAGUUCAUCAUCUCCUGUGCGGACGACAAGACAUUAAGGAUCUGGGACUACAAGAACAAGCGAUGCAUGAAGACCCUGUGUGCCCACGAACACUUUGUUACCUCUCUGGAUUUCCACAAGACGGCUCCCUACGUGGUGACCGGGAGUGUAGAUCAAACAGUAAAGGUGUGGGAGUGCCGCUGAAUUAGGCCUUGCAGGAUUGGACCACCACCUCACCAGGCGCACCUCUGGAUCUUUUUCCUACUGUCUCCUUGCCAUUCCACCCCCCCACCCCCUACCCCCUGCACAUCUUCAGCUCCACUCCCCACCAUGGUUAUCGACCCAUGACACUCUCUGGUCCAAUAACUUUCUUUUCCUUCUCUGUAAAUUAUUCCUCGACGUAGAUCAAGCUAUUAAAUGUUACACAAAUAAGUAUUCUUGCAUGGUAAUCAAAAUAAUUGUAUACUGUAAAUUUCCAUAACGUUGUCUAGGAGUUCCAUAGGUUUAACACAGGGCUGGCCGUCUGUCACGCCGCCUUACUGACCAACCGAAGGCAGAUGUUUUUGACUGGGUGUCAAAUGUAGGGCACUAAAACUAUGGUAAUUUAAGAAAUGACAGUGUCUCUAUGUGCAAGAUUUAUUUUUGUCUAUUUUUUUAUUUAGGAUUUUUUUUUUCUCUCUGUCAUUUUUUUCUCCUGCGUUGUAGGUGCCUAGCCUAAUAAAGAGAUGAGGCACAAGAAGACAAAAACAAUAAGACUGUCUGUCGGGCUUUGUCGUCGAAAUAACCUUUAGCUUUAUAACUUCACUUUUCAAGUGUGCAUACCAUUUCUCUUCAUGUGGAACUAGGUGAUCUUUUCAAGGCUGUACAUAUAUGAAUGUUUCAAACUUUUUUUUUUUUUCUGGGAGCUUCAAUGCAGCUUUGUGCUCCUGUUGUGGUGACACAUGGGCCAUUGUGAUUAAAGAUGAGUUGAGAUGUUUGGAUUUAUCAAAUCUGGUGGGAGGAAGAUGAUGCGAACUGACCUGCAUCUCCGGAGAGUCACUCCCUUCACCCAACCUAUGAGAAAGGGCGUCGAUUUAGUGGACUUUUGUUUCCAAAGGCUCCAUAAUGUUUACCUAGAAUAGAGAAGACGAAGCCAGGCCUGGGCUCCAGAAUCUCCCACGUGGAAACAUAUUCUGCAUAAUGAAGGGUUUGAGUUGGAGGACCAGUUUUCUGUGAAAAUAUGAAAUGUAAAUGUAUCUUAUUAAGAGAUUUGGCAGUUUUUUAAUAUCUCGCCGAAUGAUGGGAUUAAUUGGGACUUGAGCAGAUGUUAAUAAUGAAUUUAUUGCUGAGGUUGCUCUGGUUUGGGAAGGAUUCCGUUCCUAGGAUAUUCAAAGGUCACUGAAGGCCUUUGGACUGAAAAUAGGAAAUGCCCUUGUUGAUGGUAAACAGCCCAAACACAUGCUGCUGCUCAGUGCAAAGGAGAUGACCUUGCUCAUCGCUGUCGGGCCGCUCUUCUAGUGAUAAAUAGGAUAAUCCAUUAUGUAUCUGAACCUAUGAUUUUCAGAGACAUUUUUUGGCCAAGAAAGAAUUCCAUUGCUUAACUGAACAUCUCAUGGUAGCUACUGUUAUCCUCGUUGUGCGAACAGGUUGUGGUGUUCUGCAGCUCAAGCCUUGGAUCUGUGACUUAGGUGUCCUGCUAGUGUAACAUUGCCGCGUGUCAGACUGAGUGAGCCCAGCAACCCCAAGUCAUCUGCAUGCCCCCAAGAAAUCGAGACGCAUCGCUCAGUUUCUGGUGUCAGAACCAUUGGUUUUAUACCCAGUCCUACUGGCUAGAUUUCCUAGGACAUCAGGACGGAUCAGGUAGCCUCACACCUUCUGUUCUCCAACAUGUUCCAUGAUAAGGAAACUCAAUCUGAUGAAUUCACUGUAACAAGUGUACAUUUAAGCUCAAGCCAAAAAUGUCGACACAAUCUGGUGUAGCACCAACAACCAGCCUUUUAUCGGGCUUGCCUUGAUUUACGAGUCAAAGAAAACCAGUGACCUCAGGAAGAUGCGGUGGAGCUGAAUGCGGAAGGUGUUGGAUCAAAGGUCUGGGUUUAGUUUUGUGGCUCCUAUCGGAGCACAGAGAACACAGCUGCUGCUGCUGAGAAGUGCAAGUGGAAAAGUGUUGGAGAAAUUCCCUGUUUCUGGUCCCAAACAAUCCCUGUGAUUUCUUGUCUGGUUGUUGAGGGGGCUGGUGGUGGAUUGUUGGUCAUCUCAGUCCUGUCUGCCAGGUCCACGGCUGGUCACCUGCCUGUGAACCACAGCGAGGGCCUCAGACUGCACAGCACGCUCUCCGAGGAGAGCUCAUCAUGUUUUUGCCACUACAGUCUCGCACUUCACUCUGCAAACUGUUAACAAUAUACCUGGAUGUCAUUAUUGUUUGCAAUAUAAUAAAAGAUUAAAUCUA